UAUGAUGCACUACUGGUUUUCCUUCGUAGUAUUUUGUGUUUCAAUCUCUUUAACGCAAGCCAUUGUCGCUAACAUUUUCUUUAUGUCUCCAUCAGAAUGCUGUGGAAACCCUUGAAGAAUGAUGAGUUCUAAAGAGGAGGAAACUCUCCGUUUUUUCCAGUAUGUUGAGGAGAAUGGGCUGAGAGCCUACAACGGCCUAGUGGCUCAGAACUUGGACCACGCCAGGAAUGAGAGAAAUAGGACAUUCCUGCAGGAGAAAAACGACAAGAAGAGAAAACAGGAGGAAGCCAUAAGGAGGACAGGUGAGGACAUUGCAACUGAAGGCAAGCACUUACGUAUGGGCUCAAUUACCAUGCCGGACCCCCAGGAACGCAUGCCCCACCCGCAUGCCCUCGCCUGUGGGCAGGGCUUCUCCGUUCGCUCCCAGUCCCUCCACUCUGUCGGCGGUGGGAACAGUGGGGGCGGAGGAGAUGAUGAGGUAGGGAGCCCGACCUCUAGGAAGCAGCCCCCACCCAAGCCCAGGAGGGACCCGGCCACCAAGCUGAGCAUGUCGUCUGAGGCGGUGGACCACAGUCCCACGUCCACCUGCCGCGGGGAGCGAUGUGACGGAGCUCAAGGAUGCAGUGAGGACUGCAGGCGGGUGCCGCCACCCAAACCCAAGAGGAACCCCAACACGCAGCUGAGCGUUUCCUUCGAUGAGUCCUUCAUCAAGAGCCACGGCGGGGUGUGCAGAGCCCUCCACCACGUCACCUCCCCCUACGAACUCAGCCACUCACCUCCGCAGAGCGACGAGAGCCCUACAGACGACUGUGAAGAUGAACCUGUCUACAUAGAGAUGGGUGGCAUUGAUGUCGGAGCACGAGAACCCCUGAAGAGUGAGGACGAGGAGCCGGGGGAGUCUGUGUACGAGGAGAUGAAGUACCCAGUUCUGGAUGAUAUGGAGUAUCGCACUGACCCUGUGGGAUGCCGCUCCGCGUGUCCCACCCCGGCACCGUAUGACCCCGAACCUCUCAGUCGCUGCUCGACACCUCGAAACAUUCCACUCUGUGACAUUCCUGCACCCUUUCCCAAUUUACUCACCCAUCGGCCUCCUCUGCUGGUGUUCCCACCUGCGCCGGCUCAGUGCUCUCCUAACUCAGACGAGUCCCCCCUCACCCCUCUAGAUGUUACCAAAUUGCCCAUGCUGGAGAACCAAUCCUACAGUAAAUCUCCAACAUCAUCCAGUGAGCCACCUUCCUCGGCACACCUCCGCAGGGAGCUCACUGCCACCCCGACCCUCACCAUCUCUGGCCGCUCUUCUGCACCUCCUCUACCCUGUACCCUCUACAAAUCCUCCUCCUCAUCCUCCUAUCAGCGCAGCCACUCUGCUUGCCCAUCACCGGUCAGCAUGGGCCGCUGUCUCACCCCUCUCAGCCUCAUGCGUACACCUCCCUUCGAUGCUCCGAUGCCAUUCCCAGGGGGGCUGCCGCGGAGCGCCUCAGCCACCCCUCACGGCAAAGGCUCUCCACCUCAAGACGGUGUGGGCCGACUCCAUGGCUCUAUGCAGAAUGUGUCAACAGGGCGGUCACGGACGCCCACAAGCCCGCUGGACGAACUUACCAACCUGUUUACAACAGGCAGGAACAUGCUGAAGAAAAAUGCCAGUGGCAGGAAGUCUAAAGAGCCUGGAGAGACUGAGUCCAAAAGCAAAUCUCACAGCGAGUCCAAGCGUGAGGGAAAGGAGCGCCACAGCCACAGCAAGGAGUCCAAACGGGAAUCAAAGGAACGCCACAGCAAAGAGUCUUCUCACCGGAGAGACAGUAAAGACCGUACUUAUAGCGGUUCAGACGUGCCACCGGCUCGCAGGGAUAGCAGGGAUAGCAGGGACCAGGGCUGCAGCAGUCUGGAGCCCAUCCCUUCGAUAAGAAGGGACUCCAAAGACAGAGGGCUCAGCAAUGGUGACCUAAUGCUAAGGAGAGACAGUAAAGAUCGAGGCGGGGGACACGCAAUUGAGUCUUUGAUGAGACAGGACAGCAAGGACAGACUGCUGGAUCAGCCCCCUGAGCUGUUACCAAAACAAGAGAGCAAGGAAAGGUCAAGAAACGGUGUAGACAGUAGACAUGAAAGCAGAGAGAGACUGCUGGAUCAGCCGCCUGAGCUCUUACCAAGACAGGAUAGCAAAGAGAGAGCCAGGAACGGUGUGGACUCAAAACAUGAAAGCAGAGACAGGCCGCCUGAGCUUAUCCCUCGGCAAGAGAGCAAAGACAGAGCUAGAACUGGAGCAGAAUAUAGGCAUGAAAGCAAAGACCACUGUCCUGAUUUGUUACCCCCGCAGGAAUUCAAAGAGAGGGCACGAAAUGAAAUGGAACACAGACAUGAAGGUAGAAUAGAUCAGCCACCUGAGAUCCUACCCCGCCAGGAAACAUCCAGAGGCAGCAACGGGAGGGUCGGAUACGCCUCUGAAUCCAAGCAUGAUGGGAGAGAUCGGAGCUGCCACAACGGGGGAGAUCUCCCUCCUCCUCUUCUGCCCAGGCAGGACAGUAAAGAUCUGAGCAGAACUGGUCUGGAAGUGAGACGGGACAGCAAAGACAGAAGUCUAAAUGGCUCAGACCAGCAUCAUUACGAUGUCAAGAACAACAAGAGCCCUUCUGCCAUGGAGUAUAGGUGCGAUAGUAAAGAGCGAGGAUACAGAUCAGAUGGCACGCCCAGACGAGAUAACCGAUCAAGCUACGGCGCGGACCAAUCAAAAGCACAAGAGAGGAACGGCAGCACAAUGUCAGGGCAGCACUCAUCCACAACGACACCUACUCACCACGGGAGACCCUCCGGUAGCCCACCAAUUCCCACGGGAACAGGAAAUGAUCUGAAAGCAGCACCUAAGUAUUGCCGCUCACCUUCUAUGCCUGCUAACCCCUCCCCAAUGGGAACUCCACAAAGGAAGGCAGCAGAGGCACAUCCAAGUCAGAUGCCCCAGAUGCCAUGGAUCUGUGGAGACACCACUAUGCUAGAGCAGAUUGAGAGGAAACGCACCCUCUGCAUGGAGAUCCGCUCAAAACAACAUCCACACCUGCAGAGAUCUCUGGAGAGGCCUCCUCCUGCGGACAGGAGCGAGGACAAGCACCAGGAGAGGAGUCAGUGCAAGCAGCAAAAUGCAUCUGUUCUCCCAGGCUGGGGGAAAAGCAGCGGGGCCAAGAAGAUCCGUCCUCCCCCUUACCCCACACAGAAAACCGUAUUCUGGGACACGGCCAUCUGACAACACACUCAAACCUCCCUGCCACACAACCCCAUAUUACCCUCUCCCUCUUUCCUCUGGGCUGUGCUGAUUCUUCAGGGGCGUCAGGACAGCCAGUAAGAGCACCCGGGUGAGACUCGCUGAUGUCAAAGGACAAUGGUGGUUACCAUAGCAAUAUUUCUGCUUGUUCAGGUUGUCAUGUUUUCUUAUCAUCACUGGUGAUAUUUGCUAUUUUUCUAUUUCCUGUGACUGGAUUCUUGUAAUAUAAUUAGUAGAAUAGAUAUUUGAUGAAUAGAUAUUUUCUAAAUGAGAUGGGGAUUAAAAAGCAUUUUAAAUUAUGUAUAGUAGAUGUAGAUGCAAUCUAAUGUUUGUUUUGUUAUUUUUGUUUUGGUUAUUUUACAUUUGAAAGCAUAAUCUAUCAAUACUUGUACUGUAGUAGCAUAAUUUUCUUAUGCCCAACUCUUUCUUUUGUGCUCCAAAGCACAAAACCGAAUGGACUAUUCAACUCUGUCUAUAUAUACUUUACAUUUUCACUGUUGUAUUGUAAGUUGAGGAGUUAACGUCAAUGUGCUUUAGAUUCCAGCGCCCUCCAUGCCUGGUGCAGUACACUUUGUUCUAGAAUGUACAACAGUUGGUCCUAGAACAGAAACAGGAAACUUUGUGUGCUUCAGUUUGUAUAUUACAGUAAGAAGCUGUGUAGUCACUAUACAUCAAAGCCUUUCAAAGCGGUUGAAUCAUUUUAUAGGAAAACCUGUUGGCUGGCAUGUUGUGGAGGACAGAAAAAGUGCAAAACGCUGUUUUUCUAAGAUAGGCUAUGAGGGUGGGUUGGGGAGGUAGCAAAUUAGAACAUACAUUAUUAACAGUUUAAUUUCUAAAACCAGCCAAAGCCUGUUCAAGUGAGAUAUUGGUGUGGUUGCACUUUUGACGGUUGUUUUUUUGAGAAAGGGUUUGGGGCAAUAGCUGGCGAUUACUUGCGCCCUUACUUUGCCAUGCACACUGCAAGCACCAUGACACAGUGUAAAUACUUGAUGCCAACGACCAGCCCAGUACAAUCAACACCUGAGCUUUUAGAGCAUUUCUUCAUUUUACUGCAGAUUAUAAUAGCCAUAUGCACUUGCUUAAGAAAUAACUUUCAAGAUUAUGCUUAUAUAUAUAUUUUUGAAAAUGUUAACGGUAGCUGUGCCAUGUUUAGUUUUUAAUUUAUUGGCUGGGAGUGACAUGCAGUCAUCUGUGAUUGGUUGUCUCUGACAAUAUUCCCAAUUCAAUUGGCUGGCAACCGUUUAAGAGAAUAAGUCGUUUAAGGACCUAUUACAUGGCAACAGCUCUACCCAGUCAAGCAGACAGGGGUUGCACAAUGGCCUAGAAAUCUUUGAGGCUUUGUAAAAAUAAAAACAAUCUGCACUACCCAUUAUAUUCCAUCACAUUUAAUCAGGCUGAUAACAUACAUUUCCCUCUCCCCCUGCUCUUUCCCUCUACCUCAACCUCCUACUUACAUCAUCCAAAUUGGUUCUCGUUAGCACAUUAAAUGCAAUGUCGACAUUGCCAAAAUAGUGUGGGUUUGACAAAUGAGCUAGCCCUCAGAGUGCAAGUGCAGUACCCCCUCACUGGUGAGAAUCAAAACUGCAGAGGUCCCUCUGUGUUGUACCUGUAUGUGUGUGUGUGUGUGUGUGUGGGGGGGGGGGGGGGUGUGUGUGUGGGAGAGAGCUGUGUGUGUUUGUGUCCGUGUGCCAAGCUACACUGUAUGCAAGUUGAAUCUUUAAAAAUGAUUGUUUUAAGACAUUCACUUUGCCCCAUCCAUGAUGUUGGUGGGUGGAGGUUGGAAAUGUAAUAAUGAUGAUGUACAAUCUCUUUGUGUGUAUAAACGUGCACUGUGAAAAGGUAGAGAGAGCACCGCACUGUCAGAGUCCUCUGUCUUAUUGCACUGAGUGUUCUCUUGUUUUUACGUAAUAAAAAGGAAAAGGAAAAAACAUGUUUGAGGAAAAAAGUACUGUAUUCUGAUUGUCACUUGGGUUCUGUUGAGAGAAAGAAAUAAAUAUGAACUUGAAACC